AUGGAAUAUUGGCGGAGCAAACAUGAUAAUGCAUUUUCAAAACCAAGCAAUGUUUCAUUCGUUAUCAAAUCUGAUCAUCCAAUCGAUAUAUCGUCUUCGUCAUUGAGUUUCAUUUCAAAAUUAAUUGAUAUUGAAGAGGAUGACGUUGAUUUGCAAUUAGAUAAAGUCGAUGGGAAAAUACCUCGACAGCAAGAUUCACGAUUAUGUCAUCAUAAUCGGCAUGGCAAAUGUCUUCAUUGUAUACCAAUAGAACCAUACGACGAAGAAUAUUUGAAAAAUCAUAGUCCACCUAUUAAACAUAUGUCGUUUCAAGCUUACAUUAGAAAAUUACAAAAUGAAGCAUCUGUUGAAAAAAAUACAUUUUCUAGCCUCGAAAAUAUAAGUUGCUCGAUCAAAGAACAAUGUUUGACAGGUCAUCCACCAUGGCCAAAAGAUAUAAUUUUAGCCUAUAUAAGAGAAAACUCUCAUCAGGCAUAUUUAUAUAGGUGUUUGUUCAACAUGUCAACCGAAUCAGAUGACACUUAUGAGUCAGGUAGAGAGUUUCUGAACAAAAACAAAAUACAAACAUUAACAUUUGAUAACCAUAACCAUGAGACACAUCGUCAUGUUGAUAACAUCACGUUUGAAAAUGGAAAUAUGGUCAAUCGUUUUCUUGAAUAUUGGCGUUCAUCAGGCCAUCAGCGCAUUGGUUUUCUCUAUGGUCGAUAUGAAAUCUACGAUGGUGUUCCGCUUGGUGUUCGAGCUGUUGUUGCUGCUAUCUAUGAACCACCACAAGAAACAUCAAAAGAUAGCGCUCAAUUGAUUUUCCCUGAUCCACAGGAGGCUACUAUUGAUAAACUAGCCUAUCGUCUUGGUAUUCGUCGUAUUGGAUGGAUAUUUACGGAUCCUAUUUCGAAUGAUAAAAGAUCUGGUACUGGGCCUGUUAUUCAUCAUCGAGGAAGUGCGAAUACAUUGUUUUUAACUGCUCAAGAAUGUAUUAUGGUCGGUUGGUUUCAAAAUAAAAAUUUGAAUAAGUGUAAAUACUCAUCCGAUGGAUAUUUUGGCUCGAAAUUUGUUACUGUUGUGGUGAUCGGGAAUGCAACUGGACAAAUUCAAUUUGAAGGAUAUCAAGUAUCGAAUCAAUGUAUGGCUUUAGUUAGAUCAGAAAUUUUACUACCGACGUUUGAUGCACCUGAAUUAGGUUAUAUUAAAGAAACAAGUCCUGAACAAUAUGUUCCUGAUGUUUAUUUUAAAGAAAAAGAUUCUUACAAUAAUGAAAUCAUGAAAAUUGGGCGUCCAUUGCCUUUAGAAUAUUUAAUUCUUGAUGUUCCAACAGGUUUUCCAACAGCAAAUCAUCAAAUGAAAUCAACAUUUAAUGAUACAUGCUCAAUCAUGAAAACACCAUUCUGCAUUGAAAAGCGAACGCGAACUGAUGAAUUACAAGAUAUGGAUACUUUAGCUUUAUAUUUACAAAAAUUCGCAGAAAUUGAUGUUAAACGAGCAAAUUCACUCACAUAUAAAACAACAGAUAUUUUAGCUGCUCUUCAUCUAUUGCGAUAUUUGGUAGCUAAUGGUAUUUUUCAGUUUUCUAUGGAUCAAAUCGAUCCAUUAUUUGAUGCAUUACGAAACAAUGAUCUAAAUGGACUUACAACAUGGAUCGAAAGUGAGGUAUGGCAAACAUUACUUCAACUUCUUCAAAUUGAACUCCCAGGCUUAUCAUCAUCUAUGAAGCAAUUAACUCCUACGGUUACCAAUGAAUAG